ACAUCACUGGAAGUACGAUCAUCAAUCAUCAAGUCACCACAGCCUUCUGCCAUAUAAACUACAGCCUUAACCCACUGACCUAAACUCACAAACGCAGGUGGCAUAGACAACGGUUUAUAACCAGCAGAAGCUCAGGUAGGGAAUACACCAACCGCUUAUCAUCCUACAAGAUGUCAACCGCCCCUUGCCAUUACAACGACUUCUCAUCGGAGCUGUCCCAGCGGCUCGAUGAGAUAUCCCGGCUCCAAGCCGCGUAUGAUGCCGAUGAUGAAGGCUCAGAGCUAAAGAAGCGGGUAACUCUCCAGAUCCCUGCCGGCCACGGCCCGUCCAAGGUAUACCCAAAGUCUCCGCCCCCAGAGCGGAGCGACGAUGACGAUUGCAGCAGCUGCGGCAGCAGCAUCUACGACGAAGUACCACCGCUGGAUAGGGAGAUCGUAGAGGAGCUCGCCGCGCUAGACGAAGAGGUAUCUCACCUCCAAGCGGCGCAAGACCUCGCCGAGGCCGGCGGCGAGCCCCCAAACCUCAUCAGGCGGGUGACCGUGCAGAUCCCCGCGGGCCACUGCGCGUCCAAGGCAUAUCCCAAGUCCCCGUUCCUGAGGCCGCAGGAUGCGCUGCCGCGUCUUGUGAUCCCGGACCCGGCUCUGUUUCUCAGCACCCGGGUGCAGCACGAUGGCGCCCUGAGCAGCAUCAGCAGCAGUAGCAAUAGUAGCAUCUGGAGUAGCAGCAGGAGCAGUGAUCGCAGCCAUAGACCGCUCCUCGACGCGCGCAGCCCACUGCUUAACCGGGAGGUUCUGGAGGAGCUGGCCGUGCGGGACGAGGAUGAGGGUCGGCGCCGGGCCCGGGCGGCGUUUGUGCGCAGCUUGGGGGCGACUGGGGCGCUCUCGAUCACCACCGUUGGGCUUCUCUGCUGGCCUUUAGUGGCGUCAAAGGCAGGGGUUGUCUGA